AUGCUAGACGACGACUUACCUACCUGGGAGCAGUUGCGUGAGUUUUUGGAGUACAGAUUCAGGUCAUUGGAGAUGAUUGACACCAACACGUCCCGCCCAGCACCACCAGUUAAGCCUGCAGCUAAGGUUAAAACAUUUCACACUGCUAUCGAGAAUAAAGUCAAGAUGAGUGACAUCGAGUGUGCUAUGUGCCAUGAGACCCAUCACGUUUAUCACUGCAAGCAGUUUAGUUCCAUGACGCCCAAGGAACGUCAAGAUUUUGUGCAAAACAAUAAACUGUGUUUUAACUGCCUGAUGCCCACACACUCUGUAAUAAAGUGUCGUCAGACGUCGAGUUGCCGUAAAUGCGGAAGGAGACAUCACACUCUCCUUCACUUCGAGAGAGAUGCCAACCAGGAGACGAGAGCUACGAGCGAGGUUGCUGCGUCAUCGGCGUCACCGAGUGUACCCCUACCCGAGAAACCGAGCACAACACGAGCUAUCAAGCUUAAAGUGCCUAAAUGGACAGAGAUUGAAGACUUACCUUUAGCGGAUCCUGAGUAUUCAACGCCAGGUAAAGUUGAGAUCCUUCUAGGUGCCGAGGUGUAUGCAGAAAUAUUACUCGAGGGCUUAAUCAAGAAGCGUUCAGAGGCGAGCAAAGGAACCAUGAUAGCUCAAAAUACUAUGCUCGGAUGGAUCGUAUCUGGCCGAGCAGUGAGAAGAUCUGAGAAUGAGGUGAGUGCGAGAUUUACUAGUUUGCAUGUUCAUAUUCAGGAAGAUGACUUAUUGAGAAAGUUUUGGGAGAUGGAGAACGAGCCUAAUAUGAUUAAAAAAGACAUGACUAAGAGUGAGCAACAAUGUGAGGAGUUUUUUAACUCAACGACUGUGAGAGAUGACGAUGGUAGGCUUGUAGUAAGACUACCAUUCACGACUGAGGACCCUAAGUGUCAAUAUGGCAAUUCUAAGGAAAUUGCUAUCAAGAGAUUAGAGAUUUUAGAGAGAAAAUUAAUGAGAGAACCUAAACUUAGAGAAGAGUAUAACAAGGUCAUGGAAGAAUACCUAAGUCUUAAUCACAUGAGGGCAGUAAGUGAGAGAGAGCUAGAGAAUCCGAAGGCUGUAUAUCUUCCUUUCCACGCUGUGAUUAGGGAGGACAAGGAGACGACAAAAUUUAGAAUUGUAUAUAAUGCUUCGAGUAAGGGAGUCAACAAUGUUUCCCUUAACGACGAUCUCCUUGUCGGCCCUAAACUACAACAAGAUUUGAGACACAUUUUAAUGAGAGCUAGGAGUCACAAAAUCUGCCUUGUCGCAGAUAUCAUUAAGAUGUACAGGAUGAUUCGUGUAGCUGAGGAAGACACGGAUUUCCAGAGAAUCGUUUGGCGGUUUAAGUCAGACGGAUCAGAGCCAAUACAACACUACAAGCUAUUGAGAUUGACAUUCGGGACAGCUUGCGCGCCUUAUUUGGCCGUUAAGUCAUUACAAAAGCUUGCAGAGUUAGAAGAGAGUAAGUAUCCAUUAGCUGCGAGAAUAACAAGACAAGACUUUUACAUGGACGACUUAAUUACUGGAGCUGACACUGAGACUGAGGCACUAAAAAUAUUUGAGGAGAUGAAUGAGUUGAUGAGAUCUGGUGGUUUCGAACUUCAAAAAUGGAAUACUAAUUCUACAACUGUACUGGAGAAGAUUGUAGGUAAUAAAGAGGUAUCAGAGCAGACAGUGCACCUAAAACUAAAUAAUACAAUGAAGGUUCUUGGAGUGAGUUGGAACAGAGAUACAGAUAAUUUUGAAUAUACAUUAAAUUUAUCCAAUGUUCAAGAACCUAUUACUAAGAGAAAAGUGUUGUCUGAUGUAGCUAGGUUAUACGAUCCCCUGGGGUGGAUUGCUCCAGUCGUGGUUGUUGCCAAAAUCUUCAUCCAGAAGUUGUGGAAGUCGGGUCUAGAAUGGGAUUGCCCAUUGACAGAAGAGUUGGUGAGAGAGUGGCUGUCGUUCAGAGAGGCAUUGGUAGAUCUUAAGCAGCUGGCUAUACCAAGAUGGCUAAACGCCACGCCGAGCUCAAAGAUCGAAUUGCACGUUUUUGCAGACGCUUCAAAGUCAGCGUUUGCAGCAGCGGUCUACAUGAGAGUGACUGAUGAACUAAAUGGUGUACAUGUACAUCUGAUAACAGCUAAAACAAAAGUAGCCCCGACAGAGAGAGAAAUUUCCAUCCCGAGACUUGAGCUGUGUGCUGCCGCCUUAGCAGCGAAACUUAUAUUUGAAGUUGCACAGGAGCUGCGAUGA